AGAUCUGCAACUAAAAAGGCUGCUGAAAAAUCUACCCUUGUAGCAAAACUAGGAGGUCCUCUAAAAAAAGCUUCUGCUUCACUUUCUAUAAAGAAGAACGAAAAAGUAAAAGAAAAAGUUAUCAAAUACAAGUUUACUAGUGAAGAAGUUGAGUUCAGGUUUGCUGAAUUAAUUUCUAAUGAUCAGAUUACUGAAUUAACUUUUGAGAAUCUUCUAAUAAUGUUAGAAAAGACAGAUUUAUUUGAAGUAGAAGCAGAAUUGUUUAUCAGAUUUCUUUCUAUUAAACCUGGCUAA